AUCUGUUUUGGUUGUAUUUUGUGCCGGGUGUCGCAACACACCGCCCGAAUUUACGUGUUUUUCACCUUUGGUUGCCCUUUUGCGAACUUGAUAACCUCUCGCACGCAAUUCACAGUCUCCGCGGGGCCAUUUCAUCAUUCACUGACCAGCUCUAUUAGUCUACCGAUAGGACAAACAUGGAAAAGGUGCGAAUACAUUUUUGUUGGUCAAAGAGGCUGCUGCUGGGCUGUUUUUUGAUCUGCCUGCUUUGCUUUGUGAGCUUGCGGGCAUCCUCUAACAUGCAGGACUUUCCGCCACUCAAGAACGACAAUCUGCUCCGAGCAGCCCGAGGAGAACCCGUAGACCGGGUUCCGGUUUGGGUAAUGCGACAAGCCGGACGCUACCUACCAGAAUUCCAGGAGGUACGGGCGAAGCACGACUUCUUCACUGUCUGCCGUACGCCCGAGUUGGCCUGUGAGGUCACGAUGCAGCCACUGCGACGGUUCGAUCUCGAUGCUUCGAUCAUCUUCUCCGACAUCCUGGUCAUACCGCAAGCGCUCGGUAUCGUGGUUGAAAUGAAGCCCGGUGUUGGGCCGGUGCUGCCGGAGCCUCUCGUGGGACCUGCUGAUCUCGAUCGUCUAAACCAAACCGGAUUGAUCGAGCGGCUAAAGUACGUUGGCGAAGCAAUUACGAUGAUGCGGCGAAUGCUCGACGGAAAGGUACCCCUCUUCGGCUUCACCGGAGCUCCAUGGACACUGAUGGGAUACAUGAUCGAGGGUGGCGGAAGUAAGACCAUGUCCAAGGCAAAAGCCUGGCUCACGGAUCAUCCUGAAGCGAGCCAGAAACUGCUGGACAUUCUUACCGAUCAGGUGGUGGACUACCUGGCGAUGCAGGUGAAAGCCGGCGCACAGAUGCUGCAGGUCUUCGAGUCGAGUGCGGACCACCUGUCCAAGGAACAGUUCCUAUCCGUUUCGUUGCCAUGUCUGCAGCGCAUCCGGACGGAUUUAUUGCGCAAACUGGCCGAUGAGAAUGUACCGGCAGUGCCCAUGGUUCUCUUCGCAAAAGGUGGCAUGCACUCGCUGACAGAGCAAGCGCAGACCGGAUACGAAGUACUUGGUGUGGACUACAGCAUCGACCCCGAGGAGGCACGGAAACGCGCCGGUCCGAAUGUGACUCUGCAGGGCAAUCUGGACCCUCAGGAUAUGUACAAAUCGCCUGAGGAGCUUCGCGAGCUCGUGUUGACCAUGGUGCGAAAGUUCGGGAAACAUCGCUACAUUGCCAACCUUGGCCAUGGUAUCACACCGCAAACACCGAUCGAAAGCAUGAACGUGCUAGUGCAAGCCGUUCACGAUGCGCUGUAACUACAUUCCCCAUCACCCCAGGACGUUGCGAUGAAUCUGCAUGGCAAUCGAGGACCUUUCGUGGCGUCUAUUCCGCAUUCGCGAGUCAUCAAUUGUUGAACUAAAAGUUUCUUAACAAAAUCA